AUGAAAAGUCAACAACAAAAUAAUCGUUCAAAUAAUAAUAAUAAGAAUGGUCAUCGUCGUUCUAAUUCACGUCAUAGCAGUACCAAUAAUGUAAAUACCACCACCACAACCACCACAACCGCCAACACUUCCGUAACUAAUGAUAAUUCAACACCACCACCACCACCAGAUUUAGGAGAUAAUAGAUUAGUUUAUUUAAUUGCAAAAUCAAUUGGGAAACAAUGUAUUGUAACAACUACAGAUGGUUCUCGUUACCAAGGUCUUUUGGUUGCAACAGAUUUAUCGAUUGAAACUUCACCAAUAUCAUUAAUUAUUAAAAAUCCACAAUUAGUUAGUAAAAGUUUAAUUAAUGAAAAAACCAAUCUCGACAAAAUUCCAGAACAUCUUAUUAUUGAAUCAAAAGAUUUAAUUGAUUUUGAAGUUGAUUUGAAUAUUAAUGAUACUUUGGUUGUUCCCAAAACAGAAUUUAAAACUGAUUCAGAUAUUUCAAACAACAAAAAAACUUUUGAAGAACGUGAUUUUGUUAAAUGGGAACCUGAAGCAGGUGAUGAAUUACUGAAAUUAACUUUAGAAGAUACUCUGGGACCUUGGGAUCAAUUUAAAGUUAAUCAAGAAAAAUUUGGGGUUGAAAGUACUUUUGAUGAACAUAUAUACACAACAAGAAUUGAUAAAAAUGCACCAGAUUAUUAUGAAAAAGUUGCUAAAGCAAAUAAAAUAGCUGAUGAAAUUGAAAAACAAUUAACCACUGAUCGUCAUAUAUUAGAAGAAAGAGGUAUUCAAAUAGAUGAUAGUGGUAUGGAUGAAGAAGAUAAAUAUUCUGGUGUUGAUAGAAGAGGUGACGAAUUAAUGGCAGCAUUAAGAUUAAAUAGUAAGCAAUCUCAAGUACCACCACCACCGCCAACAACACAAAUAGAUUCAAAUAAAUAUGCUACACCAAGACAAAGAGCAGCUCAAUAUCAUAAUGAUCCUGCUAUAAUUUCAAGUUCUGCUACAACAAAAAAACAACCAGAAUCAAUACCACAAAAACCAAUUGUACCAAAUGAAUCUUUUAGACUUAAUGCACAAAGUGAAAUUAAUUCACUUCGAGAAUUUAGUGCAAAUUUUAAAAUUCCACAUAAAAUGCCAAAAGAUUUAUUACCAAUAUUGUCAAAAGAUAAAUUAAAACAAGAUGAAAUAUUGAAAAAACAACAACCACCACCACCAAAAGAAGAACAACCACAACAACCUCCAAAACCAGAGAAAAAAGUAUCAAAAUUUAAAUUAAAUCCAAAUGCUGCUGCUUUUACACCAUCUAUUAAACCUGCAAAUUUAGCAUCACCACCAAGAGUCAAUGCUCAAGUUCCAUAUCAAUCACCGAGACCAGGCAAUAGUCGACCAUAUUCAAAUGGAAGUAUAAGUUCACAAGGUUCAACUAAAAGACAUCACCACGUAUCACCACAAGACUUUUUCGGAGGAAUACAAAAUGUUCCAACUAAAGAAAAACAAGAUGAAAAAUUAAAAGCUUUUAGGAAUGGAUUUAAUAUGUUUAAUACUAUAAAAUCUAAAGCAACAGAAGGUUCUACUGUGGUGUAUGAAAAAUCAUUCCAAACUCCACCUACUUGGGAUUCAACAAUUGAAGAACCAUAUGAAUCAUUAUUCCCUAAACCAAUAUAUAGAUCACCUUCAUUUAUUCCAAGUCCAAUGAUAACAACAACUGCUCCAAUUCCAUAUAAUUUUCAAAUGGCUCCACAACCUCAAUUCCCACAACCUAUGUGGUUUAUGCCACCACCACAAAAUUUUAAUAUGAUACAGAAUCCUUAUCAAACUAGUCAACCGCCACCACCACCCCAACAACAACAACAACAACCAAGGAGGUAUAAAUAA